GGGUGUUCCCCAACGGGUGGGUGCGGGGUGUGCGGUUUGUGGUGUGGUGUUUGCGGUGUGUGCGGUGCAGCACGCGCCGGGCACCCUGUGCCAGGGUCCAAACUCCGUGGCGGCAGUGGCGGCAGAAAGGCCUUGAGCAGGCGGUGACGCCCCGGUGGGCGCCGGUGCCAUGGGGGCUGCAGGGUUGGCCAAGCGCCUGGGCACCUUCCUGUCGGGGCUGCUUGAGUGCGGCAUCUUCUGCGGCGUCAUCUUUGGAUGGGCCUCGCUCGUCUUUGUCCUCAAGAAGCUGGGCUACUUUGAGGACCUCUGCGAGGUCACCUCCGACCCCAGCGCCAACCGCACCCUGACCGACUGUGGCCGCCAGGAUGAGCAGUUCUCCCUGGUCUUCACCAUUGGCUCCUUCAUGAACAACUUCAUGACCUUCCCCAUGGGCUUCAUCUUCGACCGCUUCGGCACCACCGUUGCCCGCCUCAUCGCCAUUUCCCUCUACACUGGCGGAGCCCUGCUGGUCGCCUUCUCCACCCCAGCUCUGGCCCUGCUGCUCUUCCCGGCCAUGUCCAUGCUCUCAGUGGGCGGCAUCCUCCUCAUCCUCACCAACAUGCAGGUGGGGAACCUCUUCGGGAAGUACCGCUCCAUCAUCAUCACCCUCUACAACGGCGCCUUUGACUCCUCCUCCGCCACCUUCCUUAUCAUCAAGGUGCUGCACGAGCGUGGGCUGACCCUGCGCGCCAUGUUCCUCUUCAUGGCGGCCUGCAGCGCCUGGCACCUGCUCCGCACCUUCUUCCUCCUGCCCCGCUCCCGCAUUCCCUACCCCCUGCCCCCCACCUACGACUACGGGGCGCGGUGCCCGGGCCGCUCCCGCUCGUACCGCACGCACGAGGAGAAGCGCCCGCCGGGGGAGCCGGGACCGGAGGAGCCGCUGGAGCAGCGCCCGGGAGGGGGUGAGGGCACGUCUCCGGCCCCGUUCUGGGCGUGCGCGCGCUCGGCGCUGUUCGGGGUGCACGUGCUGUGGCUGUCGGCCAUGCAGCUGCGGCACUACCUGUUCAUCGGCACGCUGAACCCACUCCUGGACCACCUGGCGCGUGGCGACCAGCGGCUCGUGAGCACGUACACCAACGCCUUCGCCUUCACCCAGCUUUGUGGUGUCCUCUGCGCGCCCUGGAACGGGCUCAUCCUUGACCGACACAAGCGGGGCAAGGGGCCGCGGCCUGAGGGAGCACUGGCGGCGCUGGCAGACCUGCGGGCGUCGGUGCUGUCACUGACGGUGACGGUGGUGCAGUGCGUGCUCUUCUCAGUGUGCGCGGCUGUGCCGGUGCUGCCCGUCCAGUUCGCCACCUUCGUGCUGCAGGUGGUGAGCCGCUCCUUCCUCUACGGUGGCAAUGCCGCCUUCCUGGCCAUCGCAUUCCCCCCGCAGCACUUCGGGAAGCUGUACGGGCUGGCCAUGGCGCUGUCGGCGCUGGUGGCCCUGCUGCAGUACCCAUGCCUCGCCCUGGUGCGUGGGCCCCUGCGCCAGGACCCCUUUUACGUGAACGUGGCGAUGGUGGCCGUGGUGCUGGUGGCCUUCGCCAGCCCUGUGGUGGUGGCCCGCGAGUGCCGCCGCCGUGCCAAGGAGCUGGAGGCGGCCGGGACCCCCCUGGCUGAGCCCCCCACACCCCACUGAGCCCCACAGAUCCACCCAUGGGGCAGAGGGUGCUGGGCCGGGGAGGGGGGGCUGGGU